AUGACUUCGCUAAGAGCUCUCUACUUAGGCUUCAAUCAAUUAACUUAUGUGAUUCCAUUGAGCUUGUGGAGGCUUACAUAUCUCUUGGAGGUUGACUUCUCAUCCAAUUCUUUAAGUGGCUCUCUUUCAUCUAAGAUUGAGAAAAUGAACGUCUUGAGGAUAUUGAAUUUGUCAAGAAAUCAACUAUCAGGUGAUAUCCCUAAAACAAUUGGUAGUCUCAAAGAUUUGAAUAAUCUCUCCUUGGCAAUAAAUCGACUACAAGGCUCAAUUCCUGUAUCUUUUGGUGAAUUGGUAAGCUUGGAGUUCUUGGAUCUUUCCGAUAACAAUUUAUCUGGAAAGAUUCCCAAGUCCUUAGAAGGACUCCAUCACCUCAAAUAUUUAAAUCUCUCAUUCAAUAAACUACAAGGAGAAAUUCCCACAAGUGGACCAUUUCUAAACUUCUCAGAUGCAUCAUUUAUGUCAAACAAUGCACUUUGUGGUGCACCUCGAUUGAAAGUUCUCCCAUGGAAAGAAGGUGAUCUUUGCAAAAAUAAGACAACAUGGCCACAUAUGCUAAGGUAUAUAUUGCCAACAAUUGGGUUUAUAAUGCUUGCAGUGACCCUUGCAUUUGCUUGGAAAAGAUGGAAAAAGAGGAAUCCAAAAUCUCCUGCUGAAGCGGACUUGUACCCUCUAGUUACAUGGAGAAGAAUUUUUCACCAACAACUUGUACAAGCAACGAAUGGAUUCAGCUCUAAUAAUUUACUUGGUAAAGGAAGUUUUGGGUUAGUAUACCAAGGAACACUUUCUGAUGGGAUGAAUAUUGCAAUCAAAAUUAUGAACUUGCAAAUGGAAGGGGCAUUCAAAAGUUUUGAUGCCAAGUGUGAGGUGCUACGAAAUAUUCGUCACUAA